AUGUACAGUAUGAAAGGGGAAAGCAGCCAAGAUCCAGAGUUGACUGUGGAGAACUAUGUGGUCCUUACGGAAGUUUCAGGUCACGUGAUCUCUGCGGAUGUGGCUGUCUGUAUCUCUGAUGAGGAAUGGGAGCUCCUCGAUGCGUCUCGGAGGUUCCUGUACUGUGAUGUGAUGCUGGAGAACUUUGCACUUUUGUCCUCAUUAGGUUGUUGGUGUGGCGCUGAGGACGAGACGCCUUCUGAGCCCAGCGUUUCUGUAGGCGCGUCACAGGUCAGGACUCCAAAGCCGCAUCCUUCCGUGCAGGAGACCCAUCUGGGUGAGGAACGUAGCCCUCUCCUGCACGACCUUCUGUGCCUGACUGGAAGGGAUGGCACACACCAUGAGCUGGGGCUGUGCAAGUGUGUGGCAGAGCUUCACCGGCACCGGAAGCAGCAGCUGAGAGAGAAGCUUGCCACACGUGAUGAGGCGAGGUCUUCAUCUGUUAGGAAUCACAGAGUGCACGUGGCAGAGAGGACCUCCACAUGUGAGGAGGGUGAUAAGGGCUUCACCGCCAAUUCAGAUCUUCUCUCGCAAAAUGUCCCUCACAGCGAGUGGAAAUUUCACAGGGACACACAGGGCAGGGAAGCCUUUCAAAGUGGAAAAACUAAUCACAACUGCAGAGGAUGCAGGGAAGAAUUUUGCAAUCAACAUCCGUUGAUUGAGCACCAAAAAACCCACGUUGGGGAAAGGUCAUAUGAGUGCAGUCAGUGUGGGAAAUUGUUUAGGUACAACUCCAACCUCAUUAAACAUCAGCGAAAUCAUACUGGACAAAAGCCUUACGAGUGUACCGAGUGUGGGAAAGCCUUCAGCCUCAAAUACAAUGUGGUGGAGCACCAGAAAAUUCACACUGGACAACGGCCCUACGAGUGCACUGAAUGCAGGAAGGCAUUCGUUAGAAAGUCCCACCUGGUUCAGCACCAGAAAAUCCACACUGAGGGGUUCUUUGCAAAAACGUCUGAUGCUGUUGAACACCAACUACUGCACACUAGGCCAAGGCCUUACAGAUGCAGCCAAUGUGGGAAGGCUUUCCUUACACAGUCAUAUCUUGUUGGUCAUCGGAAAAUCCAUACUAGAGAACGGCUAUGCACUGAGUGUGGGAAGUCCUUUAUGUUCAGUUCUACACUUAACAGACAUCAAAAGGUUCAUAAUGGCGAUAAACCUUAUUGUUGCAGUGAAUGUGGGAAAUUCUUCAUGGACAGCUCCGCACUUCUUAUUCAUCAGAGAGUUCACACUGGAGAAAGACCUUACGAAUGCAGUGGGUGUGGGAAAUUCUUUAAAUACUGCUCCACACUCAUUAGGCAUCAGAAAGUUCACACUGGAGAAAGGCUUUAUGAAUGCAGUGAAUGUGGGAAAUUUUUUAUGGACAGCUCUACACUCAUUAUUCAUCAGAGAGUUCACACUGGAGAAAAGCCUUAUGAAUGCAGCAAGUGUGGGAAAUUCUUUAGGUAUUGUUUCACACUGAACAGACAUCAGAGGCUUCAUUCUGGAGAAAGGCCUUAUGAGUGCAGUGAAUGUGGGAAACUGUUUAUGGACAGCUCCACACUCAGUAGUCAUCAGAGAGUUCACACUGGAGAAAGGCCUUAUGAAUGCAGCAAGUGUGGGAAAUUCUUCAGGUAUCGCUCCACACUUGAUACACAUCAGAGAGUUCACACUGGAGAAAGGCCUUAUGAGUGUAGUGAAUGUGGGAAAUUCUUUAGACACAACUCGAAUCAAAUUAGGCAUUGGAGAAAUCACAUUGGAGAAAGGCCUUAUGAAUGCAGCAAGUGUGGGAGAGUCUUUAGCCAAAAUUCCCACCUCAUUCGACAUCAAAAAGUUCAUACCAGAGAACGAACUUUUGAGUGCAGCAAAUGUGGGAAACUCUUUAUGGACAGCUCCACACUCAGUAGUCAUCAGAGAGUUCACACUAGAGAAAAACCUUAUGAGUGCCAUGAAUGUGGAAAAGUCUUUGGAUACAACUCUAGCCUCAUUAAACAUUGGAGAAUUCACACUGGAGAAAGGCCUUAUGAGUGUAGUGAAUGUGGGAGAGGUUUUAACCGAAACUCCCACCUUACUCAACACCAAAAAUUUCACACCAGAUAAAGAACUUCUGGAUAAAGUGAAUGUAGGAAGACAUAGGUAGAAAUCUCUGAUUUAGCUCUGGGAUCUAUUUUGAAAUUUAAUUGUAUGAUACUGGCAACAAAAUGACCAUCUUAACCAUAUUUAAUUGUACAGUUCAGUAGUGUUGUUGUCAUUAAUAAUGUAUAAUGAAAAUAUAGACGUCU